AUGGCAUUUAAUUUUCAAAAAAGAACAGUAUGUGUAGGAUGUGGUUCUAAUCCAAACAAUGCUGGUGAAAUAUUGAGCGUAAGAAAUGAUCAUAACCGUGGUGAUCUCAGCGAACUCGUUGCUUUAGUUGGAGUAGGUGCCAGUGGACGAGGUUCAAGCAGACAAACCGCUCAUGGUAUUGGUCAAGCAAACAGCGUUGCAGCCAACAAGAUGACGUCGAAAUCUGGAAUAGGUCAUUAA